AUCAUCGAUCAGGAGGAGCGUGAUAAUGUGAGGUGCCUGCAUUUUCGGCAACCAUAAAGUCCUUGGCAUGGUAGGCCCCGGAGAUCAGGUUCUUCAAGUAACGUUAGUUCAAUCGAGUUUCGGAGACAGAAUACUGAGUUCUGCGGGCUCUGCCACCUCGUGCCAGUGCACCGGUAACACUAACAGCUUUGCCACCAGCACCGUGGACAGCGCUAGGGGUCACUGACUGCGGGUGCAGGAGCACUGUGCAACCUUGCUGAUCUUACUACACAGUACACUGGCAACGAACUGCGUGCGUAUGCUCUGCUCGAUGCUCUGCGCUCGCAGCUACACACCACUGGCAACGCUUCCUCCGGUGUUUCCUCGUCCCAAGCCACUGCUCCAGCAAGUGCAGCGGCCUGAGUGUCCACCACGACUCUAGCAUGCAAGCUGCCUCAGCCGGAGAAAUCUGUUAGUGGCGCGUGGGCAUACUAAUACUGCAUCCAUCGAAAGCCCUUCAUCAUCAGCUGUUUGAUUUCGCUUUGUGGCGAAGUGCUCGGCUCAGCCCGGACUCGGCGAGCUAUUUUACUCGGACGCAGAACUCGAGUACGGUAACUAAUUAUUUGCGUUCACACCAUCUCGUGAACUGAAGCUGCAAGCGUCACCGCGUCCCGGCCGCACCCAGACUGAGACACACGAGAAGAAGAAAUCGACAGAGUUGCGUGGCUUGAGUGACUUCGGUGAAACUCUGAUUGCUGUUUGGAUCACUGUGAGUAAACGCUUUCUCGACGCUGCUCAGUGUGCCUGCGCUACAAAAAAAGGCCGCAGUGUGAGCAUCGUGACCAACUGGUCAAGCACCAGCAACGGCAGCUCAAGGCACAACACGCGUGGACUGAUACUGUCCGCUACAGCUGCGCCCUUACGCACUCCGCUGGAACCGUCCGGUGCGUGUUGUUUGCUGUUGCGUGACGAACUGUCUUGUGCCGAAUAUCAGUAGCAGUACUUCGUGCUAAAUUCCCCAUCGUCAACGAUAACUGCUUUCCAGUAAAAUGGCUAAAAGCUAUACCGGUGUUCUGAAGAUAUCAGCGCUCGAGGCUAGCGACUUGCCUGAGAAAAUCCCAUUGCCCGGAGGCAUUGUACUCACCACUAUCGAUCCCUUCUUGGUGGUAGCCGUGGACGAGAAUCCGUUCGGCGAGACCAAGGCCAGGACGAGAACGUUCGCACCGCUAUGGCGCGAAGACAUGGAGUCUUUCGUGCAGGACGCCACCAAAGUGGAGUUCACUGUGUUCCAUAAGAAAACUGUACCCCCGGACGCUUUCGUAGCCAACACAGUGGUCGACUUGGAGGAGCUGCUGGCAGCACCGACUGAUGAUGUUUGGGUCACCCUUGAACCUGGCGGGAAAGCACACGUAUUGGUCAAGUUCCAGGAACAAAAACCCAUGGCUAAGUUCAAGGAGCGGGAGCGAAAUUACCAACGCCGUGGUGCAUUGAGACGAAAGAUUCACCAGAUCAAUGGCCACAAGUUCAUGGCACGAUUCUUCCGCCAGCCAACAUUCUGCUCCCACUGCAAAGAAUUCAUCUGGGGCCUGGGUAAACAAGGUUACCAAUGCCAAGUGUGCACCGUAGUUGUCCACAAGAAGUGCCAUCAGUUUAUCAUUGAGAACUGCAAAGACCCCGCUGGUGCCGAAGACGAUGACAAUGUAUCUAUUGCCAGUGUUACCAGCGCUAGUGGGUUCAGCAUCAAUAUGCCACAUCGCUUCGAGGUAAACAACUACCUAAAACCGACGUUCUGCGAUCAUUGUGGCUCUCUGCUGUAUGGCGUCAUGCGACAGGGCUUGAAGUGUAAAGCAUGCAAAAUGAAUGUUCACAAGCGAUGCAAGGGCCACGUGGCAAACACAUGCGGCAUUGACAAGAAGCAGAUGGGUGAGCUUCUAGCAGAAAUGGGACAGUCGGCCGACAAGCUAUCAGUCCGACGCCUGUCGUCCAGAUCGGGCCAUUCUCUUUCCCCCGGAGCAUCAACGAAGAGCAAAACAUCCGGUCGGGUCUCACCGGGUCCCACGCCUAAGUCACCGCCAACAUCGCCAACGAGUACGCAGUCGCCGGGGGCUGCUGCCUCUGCCAGUGCCAGGACAUCGCUCUCUGUGCCAAGCGGCAGCAGUGAUCAGCAACGACGCUCGCUGAUUAGCACUGGUGCUAGCAGUCUGGAUGACUUCCUUCUGCUCAAGGUUCUUGGAAAAGGCAGUUUUGGAAAGGUCAUGCUGGUUGAACACAAGGAGACGCAAGAGGUCUUUGCCAUCAAGGUAUUGAAGAAAGAUGUCAUUCUGCAGGAGGAUGACGUCGAGUGCACAAUGAUAGAGAAGCGAGUGCUAGUCAUGGCUACCCACCACCCAUUCCUGACAUCGUUGCACUCGUGUUUCCAAAGCAGGGAUCGGUUGUUCUUUGUCAUGGAGUAUGUCACUGGCGGUGAUCUGAUGUUCCAGAUCCAGCGUUCACGCAAGUUUGACGAGUCAAGGACCAGAUUCUAUGCAGCAGAGAUAGUAUCAGCACUGCGCUACCUGCACAAGAAGGGUGUUGUAUAUCGUGACCUGAAACUGGAUAACGUUCUUCUGGAUCAUGAAGGUCAUGUAAAGAUUGCAGAUUUUGGAAUGUGCAAAGAGAACAUCUCCGGCUCUAGCCUGACGAACACGUUCUGCGGCACACCUGAUUACAUAGCACCGGAGAUCCUGGAAGAGAAGGACUACGGCUUCUCUGUAGACUGGUGGGCCCUGGGCGUACUGAUGUACGAGAUGAUGGCUGGACAGCCACCGUUUGAAGCUGACACAGAAGACGAAUUGUUUGAUGCGAUUCUACAUGAUGAUGUGCUCUACCCGGUGUGGCUCAGUAGAGAAGCAUCAUCAGUCCUCAGAGGAUUCCUUACAAAGCGGUCGGAGAAGCGUCUUGGCUGCACGCAUCAAGGAGAAGACGCGAUUGCAUCGCAUCCGUUCUUCAAGAUAAUCGACUGGCAUGCACUGGAUCAGCGUCAGAUACGGCCUCCUUUCGUGCCCAAGAGUAAAACCAAAAAGGACACGUCAAAUUUCGACUCCGAGUUCACCUCUGAAAGGCCACAGAUUACGCCGACUGACAGGCAGACCUUGGAGGGCAUCACUCAAGAGGAGUUUCUAGGUUUCUCGUUCGUCAAUGAUGCCUUUGAUGCCAUAUGUUGAGCAGCUAACAUCGCCUCUAGACACAGCUGAUGCGUAUGUGUGUGUGUUGUUGUAAAUUUCCUUCAAAUCUAGCACUUCUGAUGGACAUAAUAUACAAUUCUACUAGGGCUUCUGUGAACAUAGUCAUAUUUGGAUUGUUUUCAGUGUACCAAUGUGUAGUCUCUCUGCUUGACUGUUGACGAAAGAUUAUUUUAUUUUUAAAUCAUUGCCAGUGAUGGACAGUGCCGAUGGUGUAAUUAGACGUUGCUGACUAGUACGACUAGAGUGAAAUCCCAUUCAUCGUCAGAAAGCUUUUGUACAUAACUUCGGUGACACGAUGUAUUUGAACUGGCGUCAUGACGAUCCUGGACAGCAGUGCACUGCUGAAUGACCCAGGAAGGGAUGCAGAGCAGCCUUGGUCACCUGACUGUGGGCCCAUCACUGCUGGAGUUAUUAUGGCAAAGACACUGUGAGGAGUCGACUGUGUUGGUGUCUUGCCCAAGCCCAGAACCAAGUGCUGCCAUGCUAAGCAUCAUGUCUCGUAUUGCUGUACAAUUUCUAUUACUCAGCACCACACCUAUGACAUGUAUAGAGCAAACUGAUUAUGUUUCAAAUUCUUUAGUACGAUAUUAUUUUUUUGAAUUGUCAGUGAACUCCACAAUAUUAUUACAUUCAAUACCUUACCUCCUAGAUGUUCCCAACCCAAGCCACCUGUCUCCCCACACUCUGAAAGAGAAGAGCACUUCCACUGGUAUCUUUACAACAGCAGAAUUGUUACAUUUCACUACAACUACUAAUAUUAUUAUUUCUAUCUAGCAACUGAAAGCAAAAACCGGUCUUUACACAGCCAGUCAAUGUCA